AUGUACAUUGGCGAUCUGGAGAACAUCCGCUACUUCGCCUUGGACGUGAGCACCCUGGAGCCGGAGGGCAUCGCGGCACCCGAAGGUAGCUACUUCGAGCAGCUGAGAACAGCUGGGGGCCUUCUUGAGAGAGACGAGGAUGCUGGCUUGUUAGCCACAGCCCGCGGCCUCUCAGUUUGGCAUCGAAGCGUCUCCUUCUGCUCGAACUGUGGCAGCGGAAAAGUUCGACCAGACAAGGCUGGAAGCAUGCGUCGAUGCUCGGAGUGCAAGAGCGGGUUCUACCCUCGGAUCGAUCCCUCAGUCAUCGUCCUGGUAAGCAGCUCCUGUGGCAAGCAUGCGCUGCUCGGGAGGAAGGCAGUCUGGCCAACAGGGAGGUACAGCGUGCUGGCAGGCUUCACCGAGGUAGGGGAGAGCCUUGAGGAAACGGUGGUGCGAGAGGUGUGGGAAGAGUCGGGCGUGAGGGUCGACCCUCAGUCGAUCCGCUUCUUCUCCAGUCAGAGUUGGCCGUUCCCGCGAUCGCUCAUGAUCGCUUUCACUGCGAGGGCCAUGGAGGUUGCGGACGGGAAACUUCCAGCGAUCGACGUCGACGAGAACGAGAUGGACGACGUGAAAUGGUUCUCGCGGGAGGACAUCGAGAGCGGGCUUUCCGCACACAAGUUGAGCAUCCCCGGACGAGCAGCCGUAGCGCACUCACUCAUCAUGGACUGGAUGCGGAGGGAGCGAGGAGACUGA